GUACAGAAAGAUGGCGACUGACAGGUUUUCCUUACAUCGUCACGGUGUACUUUUGUAGAAAAGUAAACUUGUUCUUGCUUUAAACGUUCACAACUGAUGUGCUUAAUAAGGUAUUUAACAAAGGAUACUAUAUUUGCAAAUGGCUUCGUGGGCGGGCUUUUCAGAGGAAGAACUGCGGCGAAUACAGAAGAAAGUAUUCGCCGAGCCGGGUGAUGCAGGAGUGGCUUCGUGUGGUCGAGGGCGGAGGUCAUCUGCCACUAACCGGAGCCGCCUGCAGCUGCAGCGAGAGAAGGCUCUGCAGUCGGCCGCCAAGCACAGCUGCGGGUCGCCACUGUCGCCAGACCAGCAGCUCAGUUACCCCCCCCCUCUGCCUCCAGAGCCCGGACGGCCGUGUUUGGUCAAAGCCCCUGAGCAGGACCUGAAAGCACUGGUCGCGCCUGCCGCAGAGCCACCCUCUGAAGACCCGCCUGUGGUGCUGAAGGAACUGGACCAAAAGCAAGUGGAACUAAGAGAGAAGACCCGUAUAGAGCAUCUUCAGUGGGAGCAGCGACUGAUGGAAGAGAAGAAUAAGCGUAGGAAAGCCCUCCUCGCUAAGACCAUUGCUGAAAAGUCCAAGCAGACGCAGGCGGAAGCCGUCAAGCUUAAGAAGAUCCAGAAGGAGCUUCAGGCUCUGGAUGAUUCUGUGUCAAAUGACAUCGGUAUCCUGAGGAGGCUGAUUGAGCAAGCCAGCCUGGAGUAUUCCACAGCAUGGAAACGGUUGGAGAAGGCGGAGGCUGAGUAUGUGGCGGCGAAGCUGGACCUGCACAAGAAGACGGAGGCGAAGGAGCAACUGACGGAGCACCUCUGCGCCAUCAUCCAGCAGAACGAGCUCCGCAAGGCGUGCAAGCUGGAUGAACUGAUGCAACAGCUGGAGCUCAGGGCAGAGGGGGAGGGGACUUCGGAGAGCCCCGCCCCCCAGGGUGCCAGGGGCGAAGGGAGGGCUGCAGUGGGAGCGGACGCUGAAACACCGAUGGAUAGCACAGACGUUGGAGAAGACCGUGCCACAACAGCGCCAAAGACGAGUCGAGCUCAGGAGGAGGAGUUCUCUGCUGCUGCACCGAGUAUGAGCUAGCCCUGUGCGCCACAUCUAACCCCCCCCC